UUCUGUAUCAAUUUUGCAAAAGUGCAAACUCUGAUUGGCCCGAAAAGUUACUUUCCUACAAUAUUAUCGAUCUGAAACUGGAAAUAGAUUGGGGUACUGUUUUAUUAUGAUCUAAUCUGUUAUUUUCUUCAUAAGUCGGAUUAAUGACUUCUAUUUUAAUUACAUUUCGUGCUUUAGAUUCAAUGCCAUAUAACUGAAUUCAAAUAUUUCAUUUCUUUGAUGUUAUAAAACAAAGCUUCUGUAAUCUGUUUCCUAUAUGUCAGCUUAGCUCUCGUAACUAAUUUCCUCUUCAAAACCUCUCAAUUAUCUGCCCUAUAAUCUUUUCCAAUCCCUCUUUCUCAGCCGAGGGGAAAAGUAUCUGAUAAAUUAAUUAUUUAUACAUGUACAAAGAAAAUUCUUACUUAGCUACUUAGUUGAAACUUUUGUUUUACACAAUAAAGCCACAAAUCGCACCCUUAGUUACCGUCUGUAACCUAUCACGUGGGUCAUCCGACAACAUUUAGUUCUUAAAAAGCAGCACUUUUUUGACUGUUUCCCGGUUUUGUUCCCAGCCUCAAAAAAUUCUGACGGAUUCUGAAAACAAAAGUUUUAAAAUUUCAUUCUUUAAAUACCACAUUCACAUAUUUUAUUUAUUUUUUUUACUUGCUUCACCAAAACUUCAAAGUUUUAAUUUGUUUUCCAAUUUUUGACUUGAACUAAAUUGAGACUAAUAUAGACUCGACAAAAAUACAUUUUUUUUCAUUUAUAGACUUGAACUUAAUUGCAGACUCAAAAUAUUGACUAUAAAAUUAUCAUCAACAUCACCUAUUAUUUGAUUGAUUCUUCAAUUCGUCUCGAAUUGGAUUUCAUACGAGCAAAGCGAAAUGGCUUUCGAAAACUUUAUUUUGAAUGUGACAAAUGUCAGCGAGGAAAUUGAGAGGGGAGAUGGCGAUGGCGAUGGCCUUGAAGCAAAGGACUCCAUCAAAUUUGUUUUCAUCUUCAUACGGCUGGUUUUACAGUGCUUCGGUAUAUUCAGCGGCUGCAUUGUGAUGAUGUGUGUGUACAAGUUCGCCUAUCUAAGACAGCCUCACAACCUACUUGUGUGCAGUCUCAGUGUCAGUGACGUCACUUUCCUACUGUACGAAACAGUCUACAGGGUCCCGAAGGACGCUUUCAUAAUUUUCAACAUUCAUGUGCUGCCUAUCGAGCCCUGGGUAUGCAACUUGGAUCUACUUCAGAACGUGCUGUUAUCGUGCCAACUCUCUCAUAUGCUGCUGGUAGCCAUUGAUAGAUUUCUGUUCAUUAAUUGGCCCCUGCAGUACCCCUUCUCUACAGGGGGUAAAAAGUACCUUUUUGGAGGAAUCUUUGCCGCUUGGGCUGUAGGCAUUCUCCCUGUUGCUGCCGUGAGUGUGUCCCUGUGUGUGGACUUCAGACGGGAGAGGGAGCUGGCCUUCGUGAGGAGGAUCGACGUGCAUCAACAUGUAAUCGGCCACUCCACCCUCGUCUGGUUCCUCAUCCUCUUCCUCCUCUACUCGAACGUGUUCUGGAAGUUGGAAAAGUACAUCCGAGCCGAGAGGAGACUCCAGAAACGCAAGAUAUCCCCGCCUAGUUUUUUCGAUCCGAGGUCGAGGUUGCAGCGCAACACAGUCGCUCUAAACUCACAGAUGGAACAGCUUCUUCGCAACAGUGAAAAAGAGAAAACAGUAAUCAAAGGAUACGUUGUCAGGAUGACGUUCGCAUUUUUACCUCAAGCCUUACGUUAUUUCUCCAUGAUUGUAGUCACAGUCACUGAUCGAGAGACCGCAUUUCUAUCUGGCACUACAACUGGCUUGCUCUGGAAACACUUUGUGCUUCUAACUGUUGUCGGAGCUACAUCCUGCAGUGGAUUUGUUCACUGUUUUUCCCAGUCGAGGCUGAAAAACGCGGCUAAAAAACUGUUGACUUUGAAGGAAAACAGGCCGAAUCAAAUUCCACUUCGUAACCGACAACAACAGCAGCAACAACAUCAGCAGCAGCAGCAGCAGCAGCAGCCGAGAAGACUAGUCGUGCAGCAGCGACUGAUGACGUCAGCGCCGAGACAAACUCCUCUAACUCCGUCCGAAAUUUAUCUGCUUCACCGAAACUAAAAAAUAACCACCAGGUGUUGAUGAUCAAGAAGACAAUUAAUGACACUAAACGGCUGAUCGAACUAAAAAUGCAUUGAUGUAAAUGUUGUAUAAUUAAAUACUAACUAAAUAUCAGACAUCAUUAGUAGGUUAAA